UCUCUCGUCUUCCCGAGGCGAGACCAACUCAACAAAAUCAAAAAUUCUAUUGUUCCCGAGACCAACUCAACCAAACCCAAAAAUUCUUUCGUUCCAUCAAUCGAACCCCAACUUCGCCGCCGCCGCCGCCGCUCCCCGCCCCCCACCCGCAAUUCCUCCACGCCGGCCACCGGCCCCGCGCCCGCGCCAAGCCAUAGAGGCGGCUGGCGUCAAGGACCUCCGCCCAAGGAGGGGCCGUCGUACGAAGCGUCUGGAGCUUGGCGCCCCUCUCCCGCCGCCUCCCGCACCGGCGCCUUCGACCUGGGCUCUCCAUGCCUGUCCCUCCUCCGCCUCACUUCCCGCCUCGACCCACCAGCCGUGGAGGCCAUGGCGACGGCCCAAGCAGCAGCAGCAGCAGCGGGAGAUGGACGACCUCCUCCGCUGCGCCCUGGACGUCGACUUCACCCGUCUCCCUUUUAUAACGAUAAGGAGCUCAUGCUUCUAUUGCCCCCCACCGUGUGUGCCAGGCGUCGGAUGCGCCGCUGGUCGGCGCGCACCGAGAUUGCCAUCCCCAUCUCAGACAAAGUGACAAGGAGAGGUGAUUGCGUGCAUGGCCAACAACAGGGGUGUUGCCUCCUAAUACCUUUCACCUCUGCCCUUGCUGCUGUGCGAUGGCAGUAGAGAUGGCCUUCCUCUACGUCUCCUUAGUUUAUGUUGCUGUCAGCCUUGAGGCAGCGGCGAUGAUGGGCGGCAGUGAGUUAAGGGCCGGCGACUUGCUCUGCAUGUAGGAUGUCAGGACAAUGACGGCUGCGGUUGGAAGGUUGUGCAUGCAAGAAUCAAGAACCGGCGACAGGAGGAGCUGUGGUUGGCGUACCUCUACCUUGAGGAGGAAAGAUGAAUCGACCCGGUUCUUGUGCUGCAUCGCAAGUGGUACUGGUGUGGCACCCUUGCUGCCAAGGGUCACCAUCGAUGCCCCGGUCACCGACAGCAACGACGCUGCUUGUGUCACUGGAGAGGAGAAGGCCGUCUUUUCCACCGCUGCCACAUCGUAUCGCUGUUUGAACGGGGAUGACCAUGACAUCGUCAAGAAGCUUUGGAGGAAUGGUGGUACAGGUAGUGGCAGUGAUGGGCGUGAGCGGUUGGUUCAUUACUGCCAACAACUUGCUCUUACUCAGCUCAGACGAUGCUGGGUAGGAGAACGCCUACGGCAAACCACUAGGGCAGAACGUGAUAUCUUAACUACGGUGCUGGAGCAUGUGAAGGUGCAGCUGGCAUCCCAUCCAUGUGAAGAGGGAGGACAUAGACGGGAUGCUGGGCUGGGUGAGGGUGCUCGCCUAGAGUGUCUCGGAAGAAGGCGCCAUGGCCGCCGGAUUGGCAGAUCGGUGCUUCCUGGCAGUGCGGGAGGCGGUGGCCAGGAAGAGGGUUCGGCACGCAUCGGUGUCGAAUGGCCAGUCCUUGCAGGACCAACUCGAUGAGAAGAUUUUCUAAUGUAUUUUCAUGGUAGAUAUUGUUGAGAAAAUUCUGACCAUGGUAGAGGCUGCUGAUGAGAAGACGUUGAUCAUGGUGGAACCUGAUAAUAUCGACACAUGUUUCCAGAGGCUGGCAGUGAGCUAUACUCCUGAUCACCUAGCCGCCGAGCCUCGUUCGAGCAUUGGCGGCCAGAUGAGAUGCUAGAUGGAGCAGUCUGCGGGUUGCCAUGGCGCUCAUGUAGGGGAUGCUCGUUUGGCCAAGCCGGCCAGACUUGCUCUUUAACUUGAUGGAUGUUAUGUGAUGUUGGUCAAGCUAGAUGUGUGUUCAUCGUCAGCUCUCCAUGACUAUUUUUGAUGUAUGGUAUUUUGAGAUGGACAUGGUAGAUAGCUAGCAAUGGUUGGUGUCAUGUUGUGUUCUUGUGGCAACCUCGAGUCAAUACUUGGAUCUGAUCGGUCGAGUGUAGGAAGCUAGCUAGCUUAUGCAUGGUGGGUUGAUACGAAGUGUAUGUGUGGUAGAUUAACACACAUGAAUGCAAAUCACCAGAAUAACAAGCAGGACGUGGUAGCUAACCUGUAUGUUGGCUUGUGUAUUCAUAUAUAUACAGAAAUAAAUCCAGAAUUUCAGUUUGCUGG